UUAGUUACUCGUGAAUUUUUGUGGAUUGGAACAGAAAAUUCUGUUGCCAACCUGGUGCUUAUUGCGUUAAUCAAGAUUUAAAAUUUUGCCUGUUUUAAUCAUGAAUUUGCCAGCUUUUUUGUGUUUCAGCCGUUCUGUAAAGACUGUAAGAUGUUUCUUUAGAUCAACUUCUAAUGUUGGUUUACGUUUGACGACAGGACAGAAACACAGAUCUAUUGCAUCGUCUUCAUGUUUGUGGGAUUCGUUCAAUGUUCAGGAUAAUGCGGACUUCGAAGAUAGAGUCCUUAAAUCAAAUGUACCUGUUAUUGUUGACUUUCAUGCUACGUGGUGUGGACCAUGUAAACUGCUUGGUCCGAGACUAGAAAAAGUAAUAGAUUCUAAAGGAGACAAGGUUCACCUUGCUAAAGUAGAUAUUGAUAAUCUUACAGAAUUAGCUAUGGAAUAUGGAGUUUCAGCUGUUCCAUCUGUAGUAGGGAUCAAAGAUGGAAAAGUCUUAGACCAAUUUGUUGGAGUUCUAGAUGAAGAUAAAUUAGAGAGUUUUGUGGAUAAGUUAAUUGGGCCAUCUGACUUUUAAAUGCAUAUUAGUUGUUUCUCAACAUAUAUUGUACAAAAGGAUUGAGUAGAACUGUAUUUUAUGUAGAAAUAACUUGAAAUAAUAAUAAAGUUUUAGUAACAUUA